AUGAAGGUGCUCCCCACUUCGGGCCUGGCUCUGCUGCUCAUCACGGCUCUCAAGUUCUCCACGGCAGCCCCCUCCCUAUUUGCAGCCACCCCCAGGACCUCACAGAACAACUACCACCUCGCACAGGUGUAUCUUGACAAGUAUUACACCAGGAAGGCAGGGCCCCAGGUUGGCGAGAUGGGGGCGCCAGGAGGCAGAGCCCUGGUCAAGAAGAUCAAGGAGCUGCAAGCCUUCUUCGGCCUCCGCGUCACCGGGAAGUUAGACCGGUCCACGAUGGACGUCAUCAAGAGGCCUCGCUGUGGAGUUCCCGACGUGGCAAACUAUCGCCUCUUCCCAGGUGAACCCAAAUGGAAAAAAAAUACUUUGACAUACAGAAUCUCCAAAUACACGCCCUCCAUGACUUCCGCGGAGGUGGACAAAGCAGUAGAGAUGGCCUUGCAGGCCUGGAGCAGCGCCGUCCCGCUGAGCUUCCUCAGGGUGAACACGGAAGAGGCCGACAUUAUGAUAUCGUUUGAAACUGGAGAUCACGGGGACUCCUAUCCAUUCGAUGGCCCUCGAGGGACUCUCGCCCACGCAUUUGCACCUGGGGAAGGUCUGGGAGGCGACACCCAUUUCGACAAUGCUGAGAAGUGGACUAUGGGAAUGAAUGGUUUCAAUUUAUUCACCGUUGCUGCCCACGAAUUUGGCCACGCACUGGGCCUGGCCCACUCCACAGACCCAUCAGCACUGAUGUACCCAACGUAUAAGUACCAGCAUCCCUAUGGAUUCCACCUGCCCAAAGAUGACGUGAAAGGGAUCCAGGCCUUGUACGGACCCCGGAAAACAUUCCUGGGAAAGCCCACGGUGCCCCACGCACGCCCUCAAAAUCCAUCCAAGCCGGACCUCUGUGACUCCAGCUCCCCCUUCGAUGCCGUGACCAUGCUGGGGAAGGAGCUCCUGCUCUUCCGGGACCGGAUUUUCUGGCGUCGGCAGGUUCACAUGAUGGCGGGGAUCCGGCCCAGCACCAUUACCAGCUCCUUCCCCCAGCUUAUGUCCAACGUGGAUGCAGCUUACGAAGUGGCCGACAGGGGCACCGCUUACUUCUUCAAAGGCCCCCACUACUGGAUAACAAGAGGAUUCCAAAUGCAAGGUCCUCCUCGAACUAUUUAUGACUUUGGCUUCCCAAGGUAUGUGCAGCGAAUAGAUGCUGCUGUCUAUCUCAAGGAUGUGCAGAAGACCCUUUUCUUUGUGGGAGAUGAAUACUACAGCUAUGAUGAAAGAAAAAGGAAAAUGGAAAAAGACUACCCAAAGAACACAGAAGAGGAAUUCUCAGGAGUUAAUGGCCAAAUAGAUGCCGCCGUGGAACUAAAUGGCUACAUUUACUUCUUUUCAGGACCAAAAGCAUACAAGUAUGAUACAGAGAAGGAGGAUGUAGUCAGUGUGCUGAAAUCUAGCUCCUGGAUUGGCUGCUAAACAGAAAGGUCUAGUGUUUUCUGGGGAGUGCUCAUGACCGCCAGCAGCUGGUCCCUGGACCGCAAGGACUGAAGCAGGGUGUGGGAGAGGGAUUCUUCCCCCGGCCUUCAGUCCUACGGGCAGCUUAGAGUUCAUCGAAAAUAAUUACACUUCUAAAUGUUGUCAUGGUUGCAGAUUCAUAAUUCUAAUCUAAAUGGGCAAUUUCUGUAUGGUCAACUUCACAUAAAAUCAGAACUGACACAAUGCUUUCUUCCAUGAGACACCCACUGCCUUUUAUUUUUCUUACCUGAUAUAUGGAGGCAAACUGAUAAAUUCGGCUUUUAUCACCAAGAAGACACCUAUUUGUGGAUUCCCUGACACGUAUUAUAACUCUUUCUAAUAGGCAACAUCAUUGCCGUGCAAACUGUAAUCACUCUUUAUUAAGCUUUUGUGGCCUCUGCAUUCAUUGUGAUGAAUACAAAUCUGUCCAUCUUUACCUUGGACACAUCACAAACAAAAUACCAUGUUAAUCUUGCUUCUCGUUGUGUGUUGGUUGGCUCCGUGUACUCACUGGUCUUUGAAGUAGGUCGUAGCGGGCAAACCUAUUCAAGUGAAUUUUCACGCUAGGCAAGAGAUGGACACUUGGCAAGAGGAAAACUUUUAACAAAAGCCAAUAAAAAUGUUGUCUAAGAACAGGUCCUCAUUUCUCUUAAUAUUUACUGGCUUCAGUCACACUUGAUUUGGCAACAAACUGUACCUAGCAGAAACCCAAAACCCGAGAUAGUAUCGUGAGCACGCAGACCCAGGAGAAGUAACAGUAACUCACUGCAUUUCCUGCUUCCUGACAAUAAAACACCCACCGAGAACCGUCUUUAACCCUUCCGAGGGAGUCUCUCCGGACUGGUUUUCCAUUUAGGGGAGUCUCUCUGUUUAGUUUUUCUUACUUCAAGCUAAGCCUUUUCUCUUUCUUACCUACUCAUCAGUACAGGGAAAACACAGCUGUUUGUCAUUGUUAUGACUUUUUUUAACCUUACCCUCUAGAAUGUAAGGAUUCUAAAGAUUAAGGGAGUCUAAAAUUAGAUGAUAAAUACAUUUAGCGUACUUCAUGGGCCGCCUGGAAUAUCCACAGCGCUCCACACAUCACUGAUUAAACUGGUGUCACAGGAUGAAGAAGGGGUGGGGCCGUCCCUGGCCGUGACUCCCAGCCUCCCACUUGGUUUCUGUUACUGAAAGUGGCUAUUUAUACAAGCAGAUGUUGAAUCUUUGACGGUUGAAGACAAACUCUAGCACGCUUGCUUUCCAAUGUCAACUGCCUUGAUUGAGGAAGCAAAGUCGCUUUUGCAAAAACAGCCAGUGGAGGAGACGUGCAUGAUGGCAAUGAGCAGGGAGUAAAAGCAGCCUGGCAGCUCCAAAAGGCUAAACACAGAGUAAGCAAUACGUGAGCAGUUCCACUCCUGGACGCACACCUGUGAGACCGGAAGACGCGCGCACAGACAUGGAUGACGCUUGAAAACAGGACGCUAAGAAACCAGAUGCAAAAGGCCACCGACUCUAGGCUUCUGUUUCUAUGAAAUGUUCAGAAUAAGAAAAUCACAGAGACGGAAAGCUGAUGGGUGCUUGCCAGGAGUUGGGGGAGGGGCGAUGGACAGUGACUGCUAAGGGGCCCGGGGGUUUCUUCGUGGGGUGAUGAAAAUGUUCUGGAAGUGAUGAUGGUGAUGUUUGCACAACUCUGUGAAUAUACGAAAAGCCAUCGAAUUGUACAUUUUAAGUGGAUAAACUGGAUGGUUUGUGAACUGCAUCUCAAUAGACCUGUUGUCUUAAUAAUAAUAAUAAGCAAGGAGCUCCAGGUUAUGUGAUGAUCUCUGCACGGCAGGCCCUGGCCAGCUGCGGCAGGGACCACACGGCAGUGAAGCAUUAGCCCGAAGACAUCUGGGGCUAAGCUCCACCAGCCAGAAGUCCUCCUGGUGCCCAGGGCUUGCCCGGGGGCAUGCAUAGUGUAGACACCUCACUGAAUAAACGAACAUUACUGAAAGCAAAAUAGCAUGUGCUCUGAGGUCUGACUGGCUUCAAACCCAGAUCUGUUAUUUUUAGCUGUGUGGUGUUGGUCAGUUCCUUAAACUCUGUCUCAGUCUCUUCCUUUGUAAAAUUAGAAUGGAAUAGUCCUUACGUCCUAGAGAUAUUUAGAGGCUUAAAUAUAUAAGCUGAAAUAUACAAAGCCCUUAGAUAGUCCCUGGUGCCCUUGAGGGGCUCUAUGAUUGCUGUUUUGAAGCUAGUCGAAAUAAUUUUGUUUUGAGAUAUUUCAGGGAAUUUGUAUAUAUCCCUCGAGAUAGAUGAAGACACACGAGUUCUAUGGCACCACGAAGAUUGAUGAGCAGUGACCUGACCCUAGCACAGACCCUAGCAAUGGUCAGACGGAGGAGAAUUUCCUAGGUAAAACCAACAGGACCUGCUCCUAAAGUGUAUUUUGCAAUUAAGAAAAAGCGCAGGGUAAAGAAUGACUCUAAGGUUUCGGGGCUUAGCGAGUGGGAGAGCGGUGUGCAAUCUGGAAUCAGCUGGGCGUGAGUUGCCCAUUCGACGGGCCAGGGGGCGAGGCCGGACCAGGUGGACAGAUGGGGACCCAUGAGUUCCAGGAGGAGGUGGGGCUGGAGAGAGACCCUGAGAGUCACCGCCUUUCUGCUGCUGUCCAGGACCCCAGGAACCCCCACCCCACACACUAGCAUGGAACUCGGGGCAAAAAUGGAUUCUACAAGAGUGAGAAGGCAGGUGAAAGCAAUCUCCGGUGGCUUUCCAUCACAUGCAGUGCUCAGUCUACUGACCCGUUCUCUGUCCCCGCUUCAAGAACAUGGUUCAGGGGUGCCUGAGGGGCUCAGUCGGUGAAGUGGUUAAGUGUCUGCCUUUGGCUCAGGUCAUGAUCUCAGGGUCCUGGGAUAAAGCCCCACAUAGGGCUCCCUGCUCAGCGGGGAGUCUGCUUCUCCCUCUGCCACUCCCCCUGCUUGUGCUCAAUCUCUCUGUCAAAUAAAUUAAAAUCUUAUAGAAAAAGAGAACAUGGUUUAAUGCUCAACAAGAGGCUUGGGUUUUCUUUUUUUCUCGGUUUUUAUGUUUCUUGGUAAAAAAUCAAAGCACAAAUCACAAAAGAAAACACAAAAUCUUAAGGAUUGCUCUCCUAAAAGAAAGUUGUUGGUCAUCUGGGAAUCUUAACUGAAUACAGUAAAAGAACUUUCAAGACUUUUCAAAAAUCCGUUUGUUCCUACAGUGAAAACACCUCUGUAAGGUCAGCAGACCUUACAGAGAAGGUGACUGGCAAGGUCUGUACCAGAUUCUUCCGCCUUUGCCUGCAAACCAGAGUCCCUGUGUCUCUACCACAGGCCAUGAGGUUUCCGGUCCCCAAAUCAAUGUUCGAUCCAAAGUUCCUGCCUGGAGCCCAGUCCGGGCGGCCAGUGGAGCUUGUUUCGGAGGGUCUGUCCUGCUCUCCAAUGGACCAGCGUGCCAGGGGCUGGGACAAAUGCCAGAUGGGAAACCCUUUCCUGCCCAACCUAGGGUAUGCAGCCAAGCCUCUGCCUCAGUCUCCCCUCCCAGCACAUGGGUUCCUAACCCUGCUUCAAACCCCACACCACUUGGCUAGUGUCCCAGAACUGUAGUCAGCACUACAGGUUUUCAAGCCUCAUUGCACACCAGUGUGCUUUGAGACUCACAACAACCCCGGGAGGUGUUGCUACCCUCACGGUCAUGCGCUAAGACCAGAAAUGGGCGUGAGCUCGUGCAGGGAGCACAGUCGAUGCUAAGGGAUUGCCAAGUGAGCCGCAUGGACCACACCCGCUAUAGGAACCCAAAGCAGUUCAAAGAGGCGAGAGGGAAGGAACGAGAAAAGAAGGCUUGGAUUCUCCUUCCUACAAAGGAACAUGAGCUCAGCUCUGUCGUUUUUCACAUCAGUACACCCAGGGGUUAGGUUUCACCGACAGGACUUACACCUUUCCAGAAGAAGUGCAACCACAUCAUCAAUCUCUCUCAAUCCCCCCUCUCUUCCUCUGCCAAUUACAAGUUAUCACAGAAACAUGUGGACAAGUUUCAGCUGGCUCAGAUUUCACUGAAAGAAACAGGCUUCUUGUAUUUAUCCCUUUAUUUUUUUUUUAAUUUUUUAUUUAUUUGACAGAGAGACACAGCGAGAGAGGGAACACAAGCAGGGCGAGUGGGAGAGGGAGAAGCAGGC